UUAGAGUUCGGCGGGUCUUGGAAAGCAAACUCCGAUUCCGAUUGCCGAGUUUAUAGGAACUAAGAAGAUAUGGCGGUGCCGUUGCUGACGAAGAAGAUCGUUAAGAAGCGGGUUAAGCAGUUCAAAAGGCCCCAGAGCGACCGCAAGAUCUCUGUCAAAACAAACUGGCGUAGACCAAAGGGUAUUGAUUCUCGUGUUCGACGGAAGUUCAAAGGAUGCACUUUGAUGCCAAACAUUGGUUAUGGUACUGACAAGAAGACCCGUCAUUAUCUUCCUAAUGGAUUCAAGAAGUUCGUUGUGCACAACGUCAAGGAGCUUGAACUGUUGAUGAUGCACAAUAGGACUUACUGUGCUGAGAUUGCACAUGAUGUGUCCACAAGAAAGAGGAAGGAGAUUGUGGAGAGAGCUGCCCAGCUCGAUGUAGUUGUCACCAACAAGCUUGCUAGGUUGCGCAGCCAGGAGGAUGAAUGAGCCUAGAUUCUCUUUUUGUUUCAUUAGUGCUGUCGUUUUAAUACCGUUCCAUGAAUUUGACAUCGCCUCAGAAUUGGCUUGCUGUAUUUCUAUUCUGUUGGAUGUCUUUUUAUUCGACUGUGAUUUCUAAUUCCAUUUGUCAUUUUUGGUUAUUCA